AUGCAUUGUGCUUAUGCAUUCCUUUUAAUACCCGAAUAUUCAGUGUUGCAAGAAGGACGUCUUUUGGUUAUAGGCGUCGACACGAACUAUUCUCACUAUAGUGUCCAUAAGCCUCUGAUUCCGGACAAGUUUCCUGAGAUCAGACCAGAACUUGAUAUAGCUAUGACAACGUACUAUGAAAAUGGUCCAGGGACAUAUGUAAGGGCGUACUGCUCGAUCAAAGUUUCAGUACGAAAUAUUAUGGAGACCAUUAUAUCUGGUCACGAUGAUAUCACAGAUGUGUCUCACAUUAACUUUGGAGUUACAGAAAAAGACCUAGCACCUUGUCUAUCUCACAUUCAGUUGUCAGACUCGGGAUAUGAUUCCGAGACGGCGAUAUCGCUCAAAGGCCUUCUACAAAAAAAAGUUUGUUCGACGCGUGAUGUAUUCAGCUUAAAUUUCCGAAAUGAACUUCAAUUAACAGGACACUAUGGUUAUUUUGCACGCAAAGCAUGCAAUGGUAAGAAAUGGAUAAAUCUAGAUGUACCUAUAGAGACACAGCAGAUCUUUUUGCCCAAUCACGUCUUCGGUGAAAAACGAUGCGAGUAUGAAAAUGAAGUCAAAGUCUUGAGCAUCGCAACUAUGGGCCAUCUACAUAUUUUCAAAAGAAAUGAUCAAAAUUCUCAAUGGUGGCCAGAAACGUUUAUUGGAUUGGAAAAGAAAAAUGCCUUCAAACUCGCAGACUUCAUUUGCAGGCAUUAUGUAGUUCUUAAGCCCGUGAUGAAAACAAUUUAUGAAUAUCAACGUAAUGACUGCGAUUCGGAAUUUUGUUGUAUAAAUUGCUAUAAAGGCAAUAAAGAGUAUAGACAAGAGAAAAACCGGAUAAUUGCUGAAAUUAGGUCUUUGAAAUUGGGAAGAAUCCCCGAAAUAGAUGGAGGUAUUACAAACUAA